AUGUCUAAAGAAGACUAUGACAAGUACGCAUUAGGAGACUGGCAUCUCCAAUGCGGCACCGCUCUGUCAAAUGCUCACAUCGCCUACAAGACAAUUGGUGACCCAAAGGCUCCCGCAAUUGUCUAUCCUACUUGGUAUUCUGGAUCGAUAUCAGACAACAUUUGGCUGAUAGGCCAAGACAAAGCCCUAAAUCCGAACAAGUACUUCAUCAUCAUCCCGGCGCUCUUCGGAAAUGGUCAAUCAACGUCCCCUUCCAACACUAAGCUCGCUACAGCUUUCCCGAAAAUCUCAUUCUAUGACAAUGUCCGUGCCCAGCAUAAGCUCGUCACCGAGCAUCUUGGUAUUCACCAUCUAUACUGUGUGUUAGGGUGGUCAAUGGGUGCCGGUCAGACCUUUCAAUGGAUCACGCAGUACCCCGAUUUCACGGAUCUUGCAGUGCCAUUCUGUGGCUCCGCGAGGACGAGCUUGCACAACCAGGUCUUCUUGGAGGGUAUCAAGAGCGCAUUGCUGGCUGCGAAGGGCAUACCGAGUGCAGGAUCAAAAGAGGGCGGAGUGACUGGGGACGGAGUUGAUAAGAAGAGGGUGUGGACCGAGGAGGAGAGAAUGGUAGGACUGAGAGCGUUUGGGAGGGGCUAUGCUGGAUGGGGCUUCAGCCAGGCUUUCUACCGUGAGAAGCUCCACGAAAGACACUAUGGUUUUCCAGACCUGGAGUCGUUCAUGGUGGGCUUUUGGGAGAGCUGGGCCACCUCGAAGGAUCCUGAGAACAUGCUUGUAAUGCUGCAGACAUGGCAAAGUGGAGAUUGCUCAAUGCAAGAGCCUUACAAUGGCGAUUUUGAAAGAUCGAUGUCGAGCAUCAAGGCAAAGACUCUUGUCCUACCUGCGAAGACAGAUUUAUACUUCCCUCCUGAAGACUCCGAGUAUGAAGUCGCGAACAUGAAACCGGGUGUUGGACAAGUGGAGAUAUUUCCAACCAUCUGGGGCCAUUGGGCGGGCGGACCGGGGGACAGCAAGCAGGAUUUAAAGUGGCUUGAUGAGCACUUGAGCCGGUUUUUUGAGAAGAACAGCACUGACAGGUCUAGGAUGUAG